AUGUAAAAUUGUAAGAAAGGGAAAUUAAAUAAAAACUAUAUUCGCAGUUUCUAUUAUUUGUUUUAAUGCUGGAAUAAAGGAAAUAAUCAAUGAACCUGCAAUGUGCCGCCGACUCAUCAUAUAGUAGUACAAAUAUAUCCAAUAUAUUUUUAUGGAACUUUCCAUUACACAAAUCCCCAAAUUCUCUUAUGUAUAUAAUCUCCAACUUCUCCUUAGAUCUUACAAUACAAACAUCUCACCGGAACAAUGGGUUUGGCUAAAGUCUCUUCCUUUCUCCUUGUGAUCCUGUUUCUCAUCAAUGCUGGUUCCUCCACCACUUUCACCAUCGUUAACCAGUGCAACUACACCGUCUGGCCGGGACUUCUCUCUGGCGUCGGCACCGCUCCAUUACCUACCACCGGUUUCCAACUCAGCUCUUCCGAGUCACGACUCAUCUCCAUACCCGCCGCUUGGUCCGGCCGCAUAUGGGGACGCACACUCUGCAACCAAAACGAAACCACUGGGAGAUUCACUUGCGUCACCGGCGACUGCGCCUCGUCCCAAAUCGAGUGUUCCGGCGCCGGAGCAAUCCCUCCAGCUACGUUAGCCGAAUUCACACUCAACGGCGCCGAAAAUCUCGAUUUCUACGACGUCAGCCUCGUGGACGGUUACAACUUACCAAUGACAAUCGUCCCUAACGGCGGAGCCAUCGGAGUCGGUAAGUGCAACGCCGCAGGCUGCGCGGCGGAUCUCAACGGUGUGUGUCCGGAGCAGCUUAAGGUAACGGUUGAAGCAGUUGGAACGACAGGUGUGGCGUGCAAGAGCGCUUGUGAGGCGUUUGGAACGCCGGAGUUUUGCUGUAGCGGCGCGUUUGGAACGCCGGACACGUGUAAGCCUAGCGAGUACGCUGUUUUUUUUAAGAAUGCUUGUCCGACGGCUUAUAGUUACGCUUACGACGACGGUACAAGCACCUUUACUUGCUCCGGUGCUGAUUACGUCAUCACUUUUUGUCCUUCACCUUCUUCAAUUUAAUAUUUUUGUUAUUAAAUUUCCGAAAUAAGGAAAUUAAAUCGGAAGUGAAUUUCGUCCUCACUUUUUGAAUUUUCAAAUAAGGAAGUGAAUUUUUUUACUAUGUUAAUCUUAGGGAAAUUGGUGUUUG